GCGACUCCCACGGACAGGCCGUUCAAGUGCGAUGAGUGUCCGCAGAGCUUUAACCGGAAUCAUGAUUUGAAGAGGCAUAAGCGGAUUCAUUUGGCUGUUAAGCCGUUUCCGUGCCCGAGUUGUGAUAAGAGUUUCUCGAGGAAGGACGCGUUGAAAAGGCAU